AUGUCGACGUCCACCACGAGCUUGUCCCAAAUAAUCAGCCAGGACAAGUUGUGGAUAAUCUCGAUAUAUACUCAGCUUUCUGCAACAACGUUAUGGCUUGUCGACUUUGUCCAGACCCUGCCCAUGGAGAUCGAAGCUGUUUGGUCAAGUAAACUAACGGGGACAGCCAUGAUGUUUCUAGUGAACCGUUAUGUGUUUGGUAUAUUCAACAUCAUCGUUUUGGUCUCACUGAAUCCCAUUUCGGCAUCUGACAAGACUUGCAACACACUCAAUAUAAUCACCUUGGUCAUGAUCAUCAUGACGGUUCUUACGACGAAUUUGCUGUUCGCUCUUAGGGUCUACGCUAUCUCUGGUCGAAACAGAGUAAUUCUAUCUAUAGCAUUGACGAUCCUUCUUGGAAGAUUUGCAAUGGACUUAUGGCAAGCUACUCCUAGUCUCGAUGCUGGUGUAUCCACCGCAGGAACACCAUUCCAAGCGUUUUCCAUGUGCACACAAUACGCUUCAAAUCACACCGGGUAUCAACAAUGUAUGUCUCUCUCCUCUUCCAUCGUCGCUGCUGUGCUGGCUCUGGCGUUCGAUACAUUUGUUUUCGGAGUGACCCUUUACAAGAUCUAUGGGCAUGCCAUGCAGAUGCGCAAACAAGGGAGAAAAGGGCUCACCGGAGUUCUUUUAAGAGAUGGGACCCUGUAUUUUCUUUCGGUAUCCAUCGUCGCCGCUGGAAACCUUACUCUCGAAUUGGUCUCCACCUCUUCAGCUGCAUCAAACCCCUUCUUCCUAGUUACGACUGUCUUAUCACCCUACUUCGCCGUACUUCCGAACCUCCUCGUCAACCGCCUGUAUCUCAAUCUCCAGACUAUGGAUCUCGCAGGCUCCACGAUUUCUGAGCAGAGUGUCACCUUGGACUCAGACUUCACUUUCACUCAAAAUCGUUUCCUCGGCAGUAUUGGGGCGCCUAUUGAUCUCAGCUGGUGGAGUUCACAUUUUGAGAAGGACGAAGAAGCGACGGACUAUGAGAUUGCAAGAGAAGAGGAUGACCCUACAGAGGCCCCGGGCGACAGGACCUCCACACUGGUACCGGUGGUUUACACUGGGGAAGGUCAUGGAGACAUAGAGAUGGUACCCAUCGCGGGCCCGUCGAACUCUGGCACUCAUCGAGGCAUAGCUUGA